GGUAAAUUCAACCAAUUGUAUUAAUUGUGGUACAUCUAACUUGAGAGUAAGAGUGCAUCUUUAUAGUACGGACAUAACCAUUUUAACUGUUUUUUGUAGUAUCUAGACCAACUACGGUAUUCGUAACAUGAGUAUUACAGCUGUUUCACAACGCACACCUUUUGACAAAGUCGACGUCAGGUCAGUUACGUUAUGGUAAUUGAUUAGGGCCGUAAGUAAUGAGCCGUUUUACCAAUCAUUCAUUACUCGCUUCAUUAGUAAGAAUAGUAUUAGUAAUAGUAAUGGACUAAAUGACAGUGAAUGACACAUCUUAUGUUUUGAAAAUUUUCUUCAGUAACUUUUUGUUUAACAUACAUCUUCAAAGCAAAAACAUGGAUCAUUAAAAUGGAUAUUAAGCCUCCGGCUACCUUCAGCAUCCUCAUCUUCAGCGUUUGCGCAUUCUUGUUUAAAGGUAUGGUUACCAUUUUGAGUUAUUAUAAAAAUGGCUUUAAAUGAACAAUCAAUAACAAUCAUAGAAAAACGAGCGACGACGUCGGUGUGUUAUAAUAUGAAAUUUUAUAUUAUUACUUUAAGUAGACAUGUAUAUUGAUAAUAAACAGCAACCGCAAGAAAAAAAGUAAAAACACUAACAAACAAUUAAAACAGACAGACAUCAAGCAAAACAAUGAUAUCUUCACGUCUGCUUUUCGGCUUUGCUAUCUUCAUAACGCUAUCAUAACGCUACUUUAUUUUUUUAUUUUAUGGCGAACGCUAGAUUUAGUGGACGCGUGCGACCUAACGGCAGUGACGUCAUGCACGAGUAUCCUAAGUGGUCAGGGUGACGUUAACGUUACUACAGACGUUUUGGCAGCGAUACCUACCGUUGACCAACUGACGGCACUUUGUGGAUCUUUCGGAAGAUUUAAGGAAUGUUAUGACCCGAAAGCGGCAGCGUGUAAAGAUGACGUCAUAUUUGCUAUGACGUUUGGCACAGUUGAGAAUACGGUCGACUACUUGUGCGUAGAGGCAUUUGACGAAAUUCUACAAUAUGCGUCCUGUUGGAAUCAGACGGAAGUGACGUCAUCAACAACAGAUUGUCACGUGGUCCAGGCGGAAAUGAUAUCUGACCUACAGAGUCGAUCCAGCCAAUUUAACGCUGCCGACAUGCGUUCACAAUGGUGUCAGAUCCUUAAGAACACCACUGACUGUAUGAGUGGUGCGGUGGACGCCCGAUGUGGACACGCCCCCGCCUGUAUCAUGCGGAGAAUGAUGGGACGCGCGCUUCGGGGACUCGCCUCGCUCAUGAAGUGUCCCAAGUUGCCCGAAUGUUCACUGGAGCCCCCUGUGACAGAUACAAGGGACCUGUCCCUAGAGAAAGGGGGACAAGCCGCACCGGAGAGUGGGCCGGGAAACAACGCGAGAAGAUGCGACUGGGAAACGAGAGAAGCAGGAAUUGUGUUGCUUAUAGUGUAUUUGGCGUUUCUUUUGUUUGUGAACGUUAAUGCGGUGUUCGGGACUGGUUUGGCAAAUCGAUCCACAAAGAACGCAUGUAGUCCGAGCCCGUGUGUUCACGGGUCAUGUUUCGCCGGCACUUCAAACAACUAUUUAUGCGUGUGUGAUGCCCAUUUCACCGGCCAGAAAUGCGACACUCCAAUCUGUAAGUUGCUCCCCAAAAUAGUCUCUAAAGCAACAUCGUUGACUACAGUGCAGGACUGCCCACCAGGAAACAACUGGAUUGAUUUUGGCAACUCUUGCUACCUGAUUGGCGAUAGAAACAUUAGCUGGUCUGAUUCGCAGACUUACUGUCAGCAGCAUGGCGGAUUUCUCGCGCGCAUCGAUACCAAGGCAAAAAAUGAUUACAUCAAGGCUUAUCUGAACUCAUACCCUGCCGCAGCAGACCGCAAUGUAGUGUACUGGAUCGGUUUGAAUGAUAUAAAGACUGAAGGGGUCUACGUAUGGGCCGACACUAACACUCCUGCGACAUACAUCGACUGGCACCCGGGCCAGCCGGAAAGUGGUGCAGAUGACUGUGUUGUGGCUGCCCAUUAUUUCAACUGGGAAUGGGGAGACUACAAUUGCAUGACUACGGAAUCAAACCAGCUAUGCGAAAUACCCAAGACAACCGGCGGAGGCGUAGUUGGUUAAUGGAAACGAGAUGCAACUGACAUAAAUUCUGCUUGUGUCUUCAAAAUCUCAAUCUUGAUUAAAGCACUUAAUUACAUACUUACAUUAAACCUUUUCGGCGUACUUAUGUAACGUUAUUCCGAGCGCCUUUUAUCAUAUAUAGCAUUUUUGACUGGCUCUCCCACUUUAUUUUCAUUUGAUAAACGGGCAUGUAGCAUAAAAGUAAACGCCCAAAAACGUUUUAAACUUAAAAAGAACAUUUCAUUCAACGCAGUUUAGUCUGAUUGCACUUAAAAAGGCUUUUUCUAUGUAUUCAAUUGUUGUUUGAAGUGCAUUUGUGAAUUUCUGAAACUUGUGUUG